AUGAGCCAUGCUCACAGAAAUAUUGGUUUUUUGGAAGAAGAUAAUACUAACAAUGAUAGAAAUGCAGAUCUUGAUGGUGACGAUAAUAAUGACAAAAUAGCAAUGGAUUUAGAUGAACAAGAUGAAACUGCAGAUUCACAAUUAAUAGGUAGUAGUUUCCAAGAAAACAGUACAUGUGAAUCACUACCCCAACAAGAAGAUUGUAUAUUGUUGUUUAUAAAACGAAUAUUACAUUUUCUUCUAACGCUGCAAUCGAUGUUUUUUAUAUCGGAAGCAGCUGUAUCGUAUGUCGCAACAAAUUUAGCAGCCGAAAAUUGUUUUGGAUAUAAUCCUCCACAAUGUCGAACUAUCACAAUACCACGACACAAUAAAGGCGAUUUAUGUAUUAAUUAUAGUUACGUUUCUUUUACGGAUGCAUUAAGAAAUUUCUUGAAACUUCCGGAGGUCCAACAAGAUAUCACCGAGCUAGCAACAAAACCAUCAACAUAUCCCAUCAUGCUUGACAUUCACGACGGAGAGUUUGCUCGGACGCAUCCGGUUUUUAAGACCCGAGAUCUUCUUAAAAUUGAACUUAAUUCAGACGGUCUGAAUAUAACAAAUGCAAUAUCAAAUCAUAUUCACAAAACAUUUUUAUUUUAUUGGUCUCUACUAAACCUACGCCGUGACCAUCGUUCAUUACAAGCUUCCAAAAGGCUGGUGGUAGCCUGUCCCGAAGAUGACUUAACAGCCGACGUUUUGCAACAAAUAACUAGUAAGCUAAAAUUUGCAGACUUUGUCCGCUGUUUACAAAAAAUGGCUAAAGAUGGUGUUGAUGUUGUUAUCAAUGGUGCUAGAAAAGUUCAUCAAGUGGCAUUGUUUUUCACGUUGGGAGAUUACCCAGCACAACAAGCACUACAUGGAAGAAAAGAAUCAGUAUCAGCGUUGAAGUUUUGUCCAUGCUGCAAUGUCACGAACGAUGAUUAUAAAGACAACAUUGAUCAAUUACCAGCACAUUACACAAAUCAGGAUUACGAACAAGCGUGCAAAUUUAUUGAAGAGUGUGUAAAAAAUGGGGAUGAAAACACAACAGCAAUAUGGAGAAAAUUCUAUGGAAUUAAUAAUCGUAGUAUAUUUGCCGAAUUACCCAAUUUCGAUGUUACGCUACAAGUGUUACUUGAUCCGAUGCAUAUUUUACUCCAAGGUGUUUGUAAAUAUCAUUUGAACGCGUUUCUGCAACAUUGUGUCGAUGCAAAUCGUUUUACAAUGGCACAAUUCUGUUUAGUUGUUAAUGAAUUUUCGUUUGAUGUGAGUGAAAACUUGUCAAAACCAUGUUUAAACAUGAGGAUAGAAGAAUUGAGAAAUUCAACGACAGGAUUACCCCUUGAUGCAAUGCAAACUUACCAUUUAUUGAUGAACUUGCCAUUUAUUUUGCGUAAAUUAUUGAAAAAUUUCACAUUUCCAGCUUAUGAUGUAAUAUUACUCUUAGUCGAUAUUGUUAAUUUGAUAUGGGCAUCAGAAGCAGAUGAUCAAACAGUGUUACAAUUGCAAAAAUCUACUUUACUUCAUAAUAAAUUAUAUAAACAAUUAUAUCCAGAUAAAUUAAAACAAAAGUUUCAUUUUUUAUUACAUCUGCCAAGACAAAUGAAAUUAUUUGGACCACAUCGAUUUAUAACAACAUUAGCGUCGGCACGAAAACAUCAAUAUUUUAAAGGUCAAAAAAUGCACUGUUUUAAAAACGCACCACUUACAUUAACAAAACGUUUACAGGCAUGGGAAUCUGUUAAAGAUUACAACAGUGAUGGAACAUUAUCAACAGAUAUUUUUAAACAUGAAACUGUUCUUCAUCAUGUGGAAUCAUUAACUGAUGACCUACGUAUAAAUGUUGCUAAGUGGACGUUACCAGCUAUGCCAACUCAUACUGCAACACGGAUAAAAUAUAAUUCAAUAUCAUAUUCAGUUGGUACUGUUAUUUGCGCUUCCCAAAAUUAUUUAGAGGAAAAUCCAAUAUUUCUACAAAUAAUGAACAUCUUUAUUAUCAAACAACGACCAUAUUUCGCGUGUACACAAUUGAACAUCAUUCGUUUUGAUGAAAAUGUUAGAAGCUUCGAAGUGAAAAUAAGUAACGACCAUGGUUCUGUUACACCUGAUUUUCUCAGAAAUGUAUGGCCACUAAAAUUAGUUAAUAUAGACAAUGUGUAUUAUGUUGGCUUUCGUCCACAUGGAAGAACUUUUACACAACUGUUAUGCGUAAUCAUGGUGUGCAGUAUAUUCUAUGAAGAUAAAGCCAAUAAUAUUGAUAUUUUUGGAGUUUGUCCUGCGUGCAGAGAAAAAGUUGCUAUUCAUACGCAUGAUCCUUUCACGAUAUCACAACUAACUGCUCCCACGAUAACUGCAUCACCAAAACAAAAAACAAAUCUAACAAAUUUCAAUUCUCGAACCCCAUCACCAACAAGAUAUACAAGCACGAUAGAUGAUAAUACGUGUUCACUUACAAACACACUUAGGUUAUCACCACGUGAAACACAUACAAGUUCAAGAUUGACAAAUGAUAAUGGUUUUCUACACGGGAAAUCACCAGAUAGCAGUACUAUUGAUCACAUAUUUAAACUAGUUUAUGUUCCACGUACAUGUAACUUGCCGAUGUACAGUGCAGCUGUUGAACAAGCUUUACAAACAGGUGAAUUACCACUAUAUUCAAAGUAAUGGACUCUAACCCCUUAAUCUGAAUCGCUUCGGAAGAUUGUUUUACAAAAUGGGAAGAUUACCUUUUGUUUUUUGCAUAUAGGAAACAUCGAUAUACUUGAACAAAAAUUUGUUAUUGAAACGAGGGAUUUUUAUCUUACAAAUUAUCAACCAAGAUCAUCUCCUGAUUACAAGAAUAUCGUUCAAGCAAUAAUCACUCGUUAUCGUGAAAUUUUGAAUAAU